AUUACGCAUGAUGACGUAAGCACGUCCGCAGCCUAGCAGCAGAAAAGAAUACGUAAACAAAGAGGCACCAAUAAAUCAGCUAACGCUAAAUUACUGCUGUUUCGUGAGUAAAAUGCUUAAUGUAGCUGAACUGAGCUGUUUAUGAAAACCCACUGUUUUACUGGUGAGCACAAGUUUCAUUCAUGUGAUAACAGACUCACUUAUGAGUUUAAACUGAAAUUAAACGAGUUAGCAAUAUACCGUUAUCAUUAGCCAUAUUAGCAUUAGCUGAGCUAAGGUAACGGGACAGAUUUUGUAUUUAUGGAAAUCGAUCUUAUAACGUUCAUAGACAGCACAUGGUUUCAGCCAUUUGGUUCGUCAGCGCUGGUUAGGCUGGCCAUUUAAAAAGCUGCUAAUGUUUAUGCUAUCAUGAGUUAGCUCGUUAUGUAGCUCAUUUAGGUUAAGAAUUGUUCGGCUGGCUUAACAAGGCUGGAUCGUGGUGGGACGCUCUGGGCUAGAUUACCACUUGACUGCAGUCAUCUGGACUUAAACUGCGAUGUUUAGCCUGAUGGCUAAUUGCUGUAACUGUCUGAAACGCUGGCGAGAGCCCGCAAGGAAGGUGACUCUGGUGAUGGUGGGACUGGAUAAUGCAGGGAAGACGGCCACAGUACGAGGAAUCCAAGGAGAGAAUCCUAGAGAUGUGGCUCCUACAGUGGGUUUCUCUAAGGUUGACCUGAAACAGGGCAAGUUUGAGGUGACCAUUUUUGACCUUGGUGGUGGGAAGAGAAUCCGGGGCAUCUGGAAGAACUAUUACUCCGAAUCGCAUGGAGUGGUGUUUGUGGUGGACUCCAGUGAUGUCCAGCGCAUCCAAGAGACACGGGAGACCAUGGCUGAGGUCCUCCAGCACCCCCGCAUUGCUGGCAAACCUGUGCUAGUGCUUGCCAACAAACAGGACCAGGAGGGAGCGCUGGCUGAAGCAGACAUUAUUGAGAACCUGUCGUUAGAGAAGCUUGUUAAUGAGAACAAGUGUCUCUGUCAGAUUGAGCCAUGUUCUGCAGUCCUGGGUUAUGGCAAAAAGGUCGACAAGUCUAUUCGGAAGGGCCUGAACUGGCUCCUGAGCAACAUUGCCAAAGACUAUGAGGCCAUUACUGAGCGUGUGCAGAAGGACACAGCUGAGCAGCAUGCUCAGGAGGAGCAGGACAAGAAGGAGCGGGCAGAGAGAGUACGGCAGAUACGAGAAGAGAGAGAACAACAGGAGAGGGAAGAGGCAGAACGAGAGGGCAGGCCAACCCAGGAAGACGAGCCUGAUGAUGAGAACAUGCCCAGCCCCUUCCAGCCAAUAGGAAACAUGGUCUCUGAGAAUGAGGAUAAUGAAAAGGAGAGGAAGAGGCAGAGAGAGCUGAAGGAGGGCAGAACCAACAGCCCGAAGGCAGAUGUCAAUCAAGAGGAAGAGGAGGACGAGGAAGAAAAUGAUGAAGAACCAGAUGAAACCAGACAAACACUGGAAAAUGUCACUUCAGCUACAACAGGCGAUCAAAGCAAGAAGAAGACGAGGAAGCUGCACCUGAAGAGGAAGCACAGGGUGGACCCGCUGAGGACAGAGGAUGGACCAGCAGAGAGCCCCACCCCUCCACCUCCUCCAGUGGGAUGGGGCACACCCAAAGUUUCUAGGCUGCCAAAGCUAGAGCCACUCGGGGACUUGAAACAUUCUGUGAGCGAUGCGUAGCCAUCCAAACACAUUCCCAGCGAGACAACUUGGGAUGCGGUGGACAAGCAGCAACAUGGGAAAUGGAGUCCUGCUCAGAAGCUGUUAUAUGGUUCCACAAACUGGCACAAUUCAGCUGGAAAUACUGAAGCUGCCUGAACUGAUUUUGUCAGGCUCUGUCUUCAUUCAGUAAGAGCACAUUUGGUGCCAAGCUCUUUCUACUACUUUAGACUGAAACUUAAUUUUUUAUUGCUAAUCAGUGUUGGACAGGUUGGGCUCCAUAUGUCCAACUCAUAUGCUUGUAUGACUGUAGAAGAAUGUAAAUAGUUUAAUUAUAACCAUUUAUAUGUUCAUGUAUGUUACCGAAUAAUGGAUUGGUAUAUGCACCACCAUUAAAAAUGAUUUAGUUCAUUUACUUUUGCACUUUCAGUUUUGACAUGUAAAUAAAGUAUAUGAUACUGUAUGGUGUAUUGUAGCUAAAUAUAGAUCAAAAGUCAGGUCUUAAAUGGCUUUUCAGAGCUGAGUGCUUUAAAUUUGGUCUUCAAGCAUGUGAAAUGAUGGAGAAUCCCAAGUGGCAGAGAAGCAGGUGGACUGUGGGUGUCAUUUACUACACUGCAUUGUACUGUGCACGGAAUAGUCUUAAACUACAUCAUGAUUGUUUAUUCAGUUUUAGUAAUGAAUGUCUUGACAUUUCAUUUAAUUGUGGUAAAGGUUCUAUGGCCAUGAAAAUUUAUAAUAGGGGCCAUGUUUUUGUCACUUGCCAGCAACAUCAAAAGGAUCUUUUUAUUGUUAAAACUAUAAAUGUAUGGGGGGGGGAGUCUUUGUCUACAGAUUUGUAAUGCAUUCUGCUGAUCACAGUAUUGUUUUUAAAGUCAGCCUCAGACUUGUUGCCUUUCAGGUGGCCCUGAGGUGUGAGCCAACACUGUGGUUCCAGUUUUCUGCAUCCAUUUUCACUUUGAAAAUAGAUCAAUUGCAUCUCAAAAGUACAAACACAAAUCUAGAAAAAGAGAGAGCUGGGAUACUUAAGUGCCCCAGUUUUAUUUGUGUGUUGGAAGAGUUUGCAGUGGGAUAUUGAGGUAGUAGAGCAUAUCAUCACACUGACACCUGGAACAGACAGUUUUGGGUUGGAGUACAUGAGAAUAUCACUUUAAAACUGAAUUUCAAAUCUAUUGUACAACACUCACUAUCUUGUUAAUGAGCUAGAUGUUUGAAAAAAUAUUUUUUUACCUUGUUUGAAUUUUAUAACAGCACAGUUAAAGAUGUUUUAAAUAUAUUCUUGAUG